AUGCAAAACACGACGCCGAAUCCCGCCAAAUACAGCACAAACUACGGGUCUCCGGCCACCAUCAUGCCCGUCCGCCGCCCUGGUACUUAUGGCACAAAUCUAGCAGGCGCCUUUGGCAAUGUUUUAGAGAAGGUUCGCCAGGAUAAUGCGGACGACGAGCAGGCUCGCAUUCAGCGCGAGGCCGAAGAGGGAGGGCGCAAACAGGACUCAUCGCCGAUCGUUGAGGAGUCUUCCCUACCGGAGAACCCUAGCAGUGAGCCUGAUCUGCCAAGUGGUGCUGGUAGCAACCAGGGCAGCAGCGAUGUCUCCCGGGCUCCAACCUCCGAGCCGGCGGCACCAUCAGAUCCUCCUGCAGCACCAUCAAACGAUGGUGCUGGAUCGACCCCUUUCCCUGGCCGUCGACAAACUCGGGCGAGUGUUCGUGCAGGUUCAGUCCAGCCAGUUAACACACCAUCUUUACGCCCUGGUCGGUCAAACAGAUUACAGUCCGAGCCUAUUCAUUCUGAUGCGCCUACUGUGAAGAGCUAUGUAGAAGAGAGCGGUGUCUUCAACAAAGCAAAUGUCAACACUCCAGUAGUUCCAUCUAGCGCUGCUUCCCAACAGCAAGAGAGGAAAGAUUCGGUUGAGCCUACGCCUUCCAGACGAUCCUCUCGCACCGCCGCCAACACUACUACAAGCGGCGUACAGAACCCUCCAGUCCCUGCCAACCGAAGAAAGUUGCUCGAUCGCAUAGAAGAGCGGUCGAAGCAGCUUUCCGAGAAGAUUGAUGAGCAGCCCGAGAAGGAGGCCGAAGCAGAAGCUUCGACCAAGCCUACCACAAACUCCUCGCACACGACGGGCAACCCUCUUCUCAAGCCUCUACCAGGUCUCGCGCCUGUUCGCCGUCGUCCCGGUUUUGGAAGUUUGUUCGGCCGUCUGCCUGAUCAGCCGAAGCCAUCGGACUCGGCAUCGGCGGAGGAGGAGGAGGAGGAAGAUGUUGAUGACAUCAACGGCAAAGAUCCUAUCACUACCAUACGAAACAACGGAGCUACUUGGAGGCCCCCUCGUCCUUCGUCGAUCUUUACCGUGACUCCAAUUGCCGCUGGAGCGGCCAACCGCGUCUCACGAGAACCUACCGCUGAUCCGGAUCGUGCAGCUCGACAGAGACUUGCAGACGAGCGCGAGAUUCAGGAAACGAGGGCUAUGAUGCAGGCCGCACAUGCUACCAUGGACAAGAUCAAACGCGACAAGGCUCAGCGUGCAUCUCAGUCUCCUCUUGUUGAUGAGGCAGCCGACCAUCGACGUCCAAAUUCCGUUCAGAAACCGGCACCACUAGCCUUCCAAAGACAGAAUGACCAACCCGUCCAGCGACGUCACACUCCGACCCCCAUCCCGGAGAGAGAGUCGUCUGUAGAGAACAAUCGUGAUAGUCCUUCACCUAACCGGCCACGACAUCAUCGUACCAGUACCGCCGGGCGCAACAAGCCCGGUAAACUCGAUGCCUUCAAGGCACUUCUGCGUUGGCUUGGCGGCCUGACGCUCAUAUUCAUCGCCACUCGGCUGGUUUUCUUCUAUACACUACCCGAAGAGGCCUACGCUGGCGUACGAGUCAAUCCCUAUAAGCCCCAAUGGUCAAGAAAUCCCUUCCACAGCAUAGUCGCAGCAAUACCGUGGAGUGUUCUGCAUCCUCUCGGCUGCCUAAGCGACAAUGAGUACAGAGCCUGGGGCGAGAGGAUGCUUCAGGAUUACCAUCUCCUGGAGGAUCACAAUCGGCGCAUUGAAGCCCAGCACCAACAACUAGAGAAACUCAGCAAGUUUCUGCCAAAGGUCGUGCAGAUGGAGCUCGGCAAGGAUGGCAAGCCCAAGAUCCCGCAGGACUUCUGGCAUGCGCUGCGCGGUCUCAUUCAGGAGGACAGCAUGAUUCUCACGCUUGAGAAGCUGAAGAACGGCAACUCGGAAAUCUCUGACUACGCCUGGUACGCGAUUAAGCAUCGCAUCCAGGCGGAGAAGCUCGACCUGUCUGGUGGAAACCAAAAGAGCAAUAUCACGGCCUUGUCUGUCGUGGAUGUGGAGCACAUUACUGAGCGGACAAUGUCUAAGUCCUGGGAGACAUGGGUCAAGCAGGUCGAGGGCAACCUCGAGAACCGACUGGGCAGCGGCGUGGAAGAGCGCGUCCUGGCCAGGAUGGACGAGGUUCUCAAGGACAAGCUGAGAGAUCGAGCCACUCAAGAAGUGCCCGUCCCGAGAGAUCAGUUCAUGCAAAUCCUCUACGACGAAUUCAGCAAGCACGACAAGAAGAUCCGGACGGAUCUGGGUGAGAUGGAAACACGGCUCAAUGCAGCCAUUGGCAACAUGCAAGCGGCAGCACAUGACUCCCGCCACCCAGGGGGCUUCACGCGCGAGCAGGUCAAGGGCCUGGUGGACGACGCAGUGCGCAAAGUCUGGGGCGACGCACAGCUCGAAGCCAUGGCCAAGGGCAAGAUCAGCGCGCACUACCAGGACGAGCUGAGCACGCAGAUCAACGUCUUCGACAUGGGCAACCACGCCACGGUGGAUAGAACCCGCACGUCGCGCACGUACCAGCUGCCCAAGCAGAUGAAGGACGAGUCGUGGUGGCGGCGCCACAGGGGCCCGGUCGUCCCGUUGGAUGCUUAUGCGGCUCUGACGCCCUGGUCCGGCCCCGGCGACUGCUGGUGCACGGCGGCGGCUGUCAAGGACAAGUCGGCGCCCGCGGACAUCGCCAUCAUGACGGGCCGCCGACUCGUCCCGCAGAACCUGGUCGUCGAGCACAUCGAUGCCGGCGCGACCAUCGAUCCUGACGCCACGCCCAGGAAGCUCGAGGUGUGGGCGCACAUCGACGAUCCGGUGCGGCGCAAGACGGUCGAGGACUGGAUGUUUGACAUCUACCCGGCGACCAAGAAGGACCACGUCCUGCUGCAGGACCGGUUCGUCAAGGUCGGCGAGUUCGCGUACGACAGGGGCUUCGGCAAGGGCGGCGUGCAGGUCUUCCAGAUGAGCCGCGAGCUGCUGAAGAUGGACGCGCAGACGGACCACGUCGUCGUGCGCGCCGUGGACAACUACGGCGCGGACCACACGUGCUUCUACCGCCUGCGGCUGUAUGGAGAGAUCACUGAGGCUGCGGCUCGCUAG